GGGGGCGGGAGAAGGGACACAAGGGAGAGACUGGGACGCCCUAGCUCCCACCGAGGACAAUGGGCCCGGGCGGGGCGGCGUCGGGGGAAGGCGGGAACCGCAGGGCCCGCCCCGGAGGAGACUUCCUGGUCGGCGGCCGCCCGGUGAGCCCCAGUCGCCGCGAGGGACCCCGGCGCCAUGGCGGGCACGCGGGACGCCAUCCUGGACGCGCUGGAGGAGCUGACGGCCGAUGAGCUCAAGAAGUUCAAGCUGAAGCUGCAGAACGCGCCCAUGCGCGACGGCUACUCUCGCAUCCCGCGGGGCGCCCUGCAGCGCAUGGACGCCGUGGACCUGGCCGACCGGCUGGUGAGCUGCUACCUGGAGGCCUACGCCGCCGAGCUCACCGCCCAGCUGCUGCGCGACAUGGGCAUGCAGGAGGCCGCGGAGCAGCUGCAGGCCCCGGCCCGGGCGCCGGGCUGGGGAGCCGGGGGAAAGCGGCUGCAGGGGCCGAGCAUCUCCAUCCGUAUCUCGCAUUUCAUGCCACCAAGAAUCAUGCCUCCCAACCCUCACCUCAAGGAGCAGGACUGCGAAUGGAAGACAUCCCGCCCCGCGCGAGGCAUCGGAGCAGAGAAACAAGAUGGCGACCUCGGCUUCCCCCCUCCACCCUUCUCUGCUGCUUCCCGCCAGAGGUACCAGAUCCUACACGGGAUCACCGCCCCGGCCCCACCGAAACACACAAGCCCGGCUGGGAGGCAACGAGCCCGGGUCGGCGCGCCGCCACCGCCUCGCGCCCCUACAUACCGUUUGAGGCCAUGUCGGCGCACGCGCACUCAGCCGACACGCCGCAAAGCCCCACACCGCACAGCGCCGACGCCUCGAGGACUGAGCGCCCGCCGCCGCGUCGCGGUUUAUGUAUGCCUCCCGCCUACGUACCGCGGGGGGAGGUACCAAGUGCGGAAAGCCAGGGGGAGGUGUGGCCGCACUCUCAACACUCCAGAAAGUAUAGAGGGCCGAGCAGGCAGAGGGGAAGCAUAUAAACUAAGAACAUAAGAAACUUCAAAUAAU